CCUCUUUUCAGCUGACUCGGAGCUCCCAGGCAGCCCGGAGGUCCCGCAAUGAGGCGGAUCCGGGCUAAUGCCAUUGCGAUCCUGACCGUAGCCUGGAUCCUGGGCACUUUCUAUUACUUGUGGCAGGACAGCAAGCCUCAUUCGGCCGCCUCCAGCCGGUCUCCCAGCAGCGGCGGCGGCGGCGGCGUGAAGAGCGGGCAGAGAAGCUCCGGCAAAGUCGAGCUCCAUAAAGAAGAGAGGACCGUCCCCCUUCUCGCAUCCAAGCCACCACAAGCUGAGAAAAAUGGCUUAAGAGGAUUUGAUGAAAAGGCCUAUGUAUCGUCAAAACUACUAAAGGCUGGAGAAGACCCUUAUCGGCAACAUGCUUUCAAUCAGUUGGAGAGUGACAAACUGAGCAGUGACCGGCCCAUCAGAGACACUAGACAUUACAGAUGUGCGUCUGUUCACUACACCGCAGACCUGCCGGCCACAAGCAUUAUUAUCACUUUUCACAAUGAGGCUCGUUCCACAUUGCUCCGUACAGUGAAAAGUGUUCUAAAUCGCACUCCUGCAAACUUGAUUCAGGAAAUAAUUUUAGUGGAUGAUUUCAGCUUGGAUCCUGAAGACUGCCAGCUACUUACCAGAAUCCCAAAAGUCAAGUGUCUACGCAAUGGACGCCGAGAAGGUCUAAUCCGCUCCCGAGUACGAGGUGCUGAUACAGCAACAGCUGAUAUUCUCACCUUCCUGGAUAGCCACUGUGAAGUGAACAGUGAAUGGUUGCAGCCAAUGCUUCAGAGAGUAAAAGAGGAUUAUACUAGGGUGGUGAGUCCUAUCAUUGACGUCAUCAGCUUGGACAAUUUUGCCUAUCUAGCAGCAUCAGCAGAUUUGAGAGGAGGAUUUGACUGGAGUCUUCAUUUUAAAUGGGAACAGAUUCCCAUUGAGCAAAAGUUGUCCCGGACAGACCCUACCCAAUCUAUUAGAACACCUGUCAUAGCAGGAGGAAUCUUUGUUAUCAAUAAGUCUUGGUUUAACCAUCUUGGAAAAUAUGACACACAGAUGGAUAUCUGGGGAGGAGAGAACUUUGAGCUUUCUUUCCGUGUCUGGAUGUGUGGAGGUAGCUUGGAGAUUGUCCCCUGCAGUCGAGUGGGGCACGUUUUCAGAAAACGCCAUCCAUAUGACUUCCCUGAGGGCAAUGCAUUAACCUAUAUCAAAAAUACUAAACGUACAGCAGAGGUGUGGAUGGAUGAAUACAAACAGUAUUAUUAUGAAGCCAGACCUUCUGCCAUUGGAAAGUCAUUUGGAAGUAUUGCAGACCGAGUGGAACAACGCAGGAAGCUGAACUGUAAAUCCUUCCAAUGGUAUUUGGAGAAUGUCUAUCCGGAACUCAAAGUCCCAGAAAAGGAGCUGAUUCCAGGGGUCAUCAAGCAAGGAGCAAACUGUUUGGAAUCUCAGGGCCAGGAUACAGCAGGAAAUUCUCUAGCUGGGAUUGGAAGUUGUAAAGGGUCAGUGAGCAAUCCUGUUGCUACUCAGGAGUGGAUUUUCAGUGACCCUUUAAUCAGACAGCAGGACAAAUGCCUCUCAAUCACCUCCUUUUCUACUGGCUCACAGGUCACAGUCGAGGCAUGCAACCAGAAAGAUGGCAGACAGAAAUGGAAGAUGAAAGGUAGCUUCAUCCAACAUUUUGUCAGUGGCCUAUGCUUAGAAAAUGAGUCCAGCAAAUUAGUGACCAACAUCUGCCAGUCGGAUAUUCUGGGUCAACAGUGGGAGCUGCUCCAAGCCACAUGAUGGUUGUCCAGCACCUUUUGGUUCUGAUACUUUUUGCAUGAGACUCUGGGAAUGGAAGGGGAUAGGGUGGGAUAUGAAUUCUGGUUUUCUUUAAACCUAAAUGUUUUGACUAUGAUCCUCAGCCAAUAACCAUUUCAGAUGAAAUGUCACUGUUUUUGGAUUUAUGUUAAAGAAGAAGUCGAAGCUGUAUGGCAACAUCAGUCGAAAUGGCCCGUCUUGUCCCACUUUGAGUAACGGUGGGAACUGGGUGUGGAAGAAUCUGUCUCAGUAACCAAUAUGUGUUUUAAGCUUGAUUGACAGCAGUUCCCUUCCACUCCUUUGUCUCCAGAGAAACCUGUGGUCUAUGAUCCCCUGGAGUUGCUGCAGUUGAUGUCUGUGACUAUAUGCUUGAUGUGAACUCCUGAUGAGUUUGCUUGAUUUCAGACAUGUCACCUCUCAUUUUGCAUGUGUGUCAUACUGCUUGAUUUAUGGAAAGGACAGCAAGGAAAGGGGGCGGGCUCGGUUAUGGAGAAGUGCAUCAUUGAGGAAAAUUGAGGCAGAGGUAAAGCUUUUUUUGUUUUUAUUUUUUGAAUGUGUUUGAUUACUGGAGCAGAUUGAUAUCAUCCCUUGCAGAGAAAGGGUACCUUGGUUUCUCCUGCAGGUAGGAUUGAUAAAACUUCAGGAAGAAAGCUAAACCGGUCUUCAUACCAGAGAGGUAUCUGGUAUGUUUCUUAUGCUUUAAACCUGAAGCACAGAAAUAUUGUUAAAAAGUACAUCAACAAAAGGGUCCCUUUUUCUACCCUCUGGAGAGAACACAUAUUAUUUCCUUCUGCUUUCAUUAAUAUGUGCUUGGCAUACAAGUGUGGGGAAACGGCAGCUCAUGAUAACAAUUCUGUAUUUUUGCAAACACAGCUUGGGCUGAUGGCCAAAGGGUCAACUUGUGCUUGUACUUUUCCACUCAGUCCUUUUAGGUUAAUCAAAAUUGGAUUUCUUCCUAAGGGCCUAUCGCCUAUUUCUCAGCCUAGUUCUGUCUGGGGGAAUCUUUUGGAGCCAAGCCCAAAACAAAGCUCUUUUUCUUUAUGUGUGUAUGUGCUCGCUGAAAUAUAUGAACCUGGACUGUUGGCCAAGAUUCUCACAAUAAUUCCAUAUCACCUAGUAAAGUGCAAAGAGUGUGAUCCUUGGUGCCUUUACUGAUGGCAAAAUGCUUGCUCUGACUUCAUUUAUGAAAGCAAUUUUUAUGAACAUUUGCUUGGGAAUCUCAACUGAAUAGAUCAAAAGGAGCCUGGUAGCAUCUUUGCCAACUAAUUAAUUAUGUUAAAAGGCAUAAACUUUCAGUCGCUGCAUCUCACUCUAUCAUAAUGCAUCUGAUGAAAUGAACUGCGGUUCACAAAUAUUAUGCCUUUUAAUAAAAUUGGUUAGUUAGAAAAGGUGCCACCAGAUCUCUUCCAGUUUUUGACUACCAUAGACUCACACAUCUCUCUUCUUACAAAGUCAACCAAAUAAAGUGAAAGUUAUUCUAAAUAAAUGCAUGCAGAAUUGAACUAAACACCAUCUGUAUGUCAAUGGAUCUGAGUAUUGACAUCAGCAGAAUGUCAACCUGUUUACCAACUGAGGAAGCCAUAUGCAAAAGUACUAGGUCUUAGUUAUCAAACCUGAAUUUGAGACAAUUUGAUGGGCCUUUUCUGUUAGUUAGUUAACUAUAUUCUCUUCCACUCUGAUUUGAAAGUAACAUAAGAUAUAAGAUACACUUAAAUGGUCAUUAUGAGUCUAAUUAAUGAAUUGGUCAUUUGCACAACAGGAAUACUCUCUGCUUAUCAAUUAUUUCCAGUAUAAGGCACCAUUCUCAUAUAGACAAAGGUAACACCAGAUUUCCAACAGUAUCUUUAGGACAGAUAGCUGCAAACGUGAAGAAUCGAUAUCACUAAACCUUAGGAAAGUCCUCCCCUCAGUACCUAAUUAUUUCUAGUGGGUUACAUUGGACUCUCAUUUUGGUGGAUGCCGUGGUGACCUGUAAGCAGCUCUUCAGCCCAUUUCUGGGAGAAAAUAUGAAGAAUUUAGGAGGUUUUUCAAGUUAGUAAAAUACAGUUUAUGGAAACUCUCAAAAUUGUAAGAUCACACACUUUGUAUAACUUCUGUAUUAUAUAUAGCAAAAACUUUCCUUUAAUGUAAGAAACGGUUUGACCGUUACAAAGAUUUGAAUGUUCAUAUUAUUUAUUACGAAUGACA